AUACCAACGAAGGACAAGUUAAUACAAGGAGAUGACGAGAUCAUAAAACUACUCUAGAAAAUUACGCGCACAAUAGUUGCAUUCCAGAUGCUCACGAUAUUCACGAUAUUCACGAUUUGCAGUUUUUUUUUUGCAGGAAAGCGUUCCGGGUGUCAAAAAACCUGCAAGUCAAACCACUUUUGUGAGAGUAACUUGCUCUCUUAAUCAGUCAGAAGUUGCACGUUUUAGUCCGAAGUUUUUCUUCCUGCAAGUUCAUGAAAAGUGUCAAACGAUAGGCAGGGUGGCAUUUGUAAACAAAAACAGAUAGCAAAGAACAUUAAGCGCCACGGAGAUAAUGAAAUAAAUACGUCAAGCAUUACAUACAUAUGUGUGCGAUUGGCUCGUGUCUCGCCCGCAAACGUUCAAAUAAACGCGUUAAUUCAACAAACAAUUUCUUUUUCUUGUCCGCGCACUUGCUCACCACGACGAUCAGAAGGCAAGUGCGCUUGUUUUUUGUCAAGCAAAACGCGAGACGGUUGAUAAAGAUAUUUGAUCGUUUCCAUGGCGCUUAACAUUAAAGAAAAGGAAGUAGUUACAGGAAAAGUGGUUUUUCGCGUUCCAGGUGACUUUUAUUUUUUCUCUCUUGCUUCUCUUUUUCAAGAGAGUAAUAUUGUUAUUUGACAGUUUUACAGGUUUUUACACGAAGUUAUCUGGAACGCAACUAAUGACAAACAUGAACAAAUGUACAACAAACCCAUAAUUCUUGACAGUCAGAGCGUGUGUGAAUCGGUAGCAAAGUGCUAUGGGGAAAGCUGGUGAAUUGUAUUUUUACUAUGGUGAGACAAUUUUACCAAUUUGCUGUGUGAAAUGAAAUCUUUUAUCACAGCAGUAAAAUUUUGACAACCGCUGAAAAUUGGCGCCGAAUAAACUAUUAUAAAUCAAAGGAAAAUGAAUAUUUUAAGAAAAUAUUUAUCAUUAUUGAUUGCAAUUCUUUUUGAAAUCAGGUCACUGCAAUUAAUGGACGUUUUAAUUUUGGCAUUAAAAAAGAAAAGACAACGCCAGGCUAUUUUAUAUAUGCAACCUGCAGUUUAUUCCAAAACCAUGAAUGCCAUAAUGAAUGGGGAUAACAAAAUAACAAAAAUGCAUCUCAGGUUGUCGGCUAGUUCGUUCAGAAAAAUUGUGGUGCAUAUUCCUAAAAAAACAUCACGGAUAGUCUGUGGAUUACGAAGUGAUGUGCUUUUUAUAUUGGAAUGCAUGCGGAUGCAGCUAUAGGGUGGUAGCCGAGUUUUUGGGUUUGAGUCGCUACACAGCUUGCAGCAUUAUUAAAAAAAUGUUGGAUAAAGUAAUUUCAAUGCGCCACUUAAUAAACCAUGGCACUUCGGAAGACCACGAGAGAAUCGCUGCUAAAUUUUGCCAAAAAACUAAGUCUACUGCUUUUACAAAUUUUAUUGGCGCUAUUGACGGAACGCAUAUUCGGAUAAAAUGCCCCAUAAAUAAACAUGAUGAAUAUAUAAAUCACAAAAAAUUGUAUUCUAUUCAGGCUCAAGCAGUUGUAUAUAGUGAAUAUAGAUUUACAGACGUGUUCAUUGGUUAUCCAGGCUCCGUUCAUGAUACAAGGGUAUUUGUCAACAGUCCUUUGUACGCUAAGAAGGACUAUCCGCCUCAAGGUUGGCUUUUAUUUGGUGAUAAAGGCUACCCGUGUCAACUAUAUCCGGUGGUAGUAAUCACACCAAUUAAAGAGCCCUUAACGGCAAAUCAGGCUAGAUUUAACACUGCUCAUAGUAAAGGACGUAUAAUUGUAGAAUCUGCAUUUGGAAUUUUAAAAAAUCGGUGGAGAAAUAUUUUUAAUAGAGAGCUGGAGCUAAAAAUUGAAAACUGUAUAAAAACUGCAUUUGCUGCAUUUAUACUGCAUAAUAUUUGCAUACUCCAGGACGAUUUUGAGCCAUCUUUCGGAGAAGAAAAUCACCUUUCAGAUUCAGAACCGCCAGAAUCUGAAGGUCUAUUAAUAGACUCUGCAGAGGGUACAAGAAUGGGAGAAAGAAUUGUUUACGAAUUUUUGCAAAACCAAGAACCAGAUGUUUAAUAAAAACCAGCUUCCAAUAAAUCACUUGCUAUAACACAAUAGGACAAUUCAUGGAAACGCGUAAAUGCCUCGUAAACUUACUUCAUUUUGUAUGGAAAAUCGGUUUAUUUACGAGGUUUACGCGGU